AUGGCAGAGGCGGCAGAAUUGGACUUCAAUGUGGGUGCUAAAGGCAAGAAGCAGUUGGUGGACAAUAAGUUGGACACGAUGUUCCGUGGGGGCAAGGUGGACAACUACUUCAAGGUCUCGCAGCGUGGGUCAAAUCUCACCACAGAGAUCCGUGCUGGCAUCACCACUUUCUUAACUGCUGCGUACAUCAUGGCUGUGAACCCCAACAUUCUUAGCACCACGGGCCUGAAGUUCGAAGGCCUCGUCUUUGCGACAGCCGGGUCAAGCUGCAUUGCGACCUUGAUCAUGGCGCUGUGGGCGAACUUGCCUUUCGGCUUGUGGCCCGGCAUGGGCAUGAAC